UAAAUCCGGGGAGCGUAAUUGAAGGAGUGGCGAGAGUGGGCGUGUCAUCGGAGGUGACGUUUCCGGAAGCUCCGACUGUCAUCCUCCACGAAAGAACUUAUUGGUUCAAUGUCUGACCAUGGGGAUGUGAGCCUCCCACCCCAAGACCGGGUGAGGAUUCUGUCCCAACUUGGGAGUGCAGUUGAGUUAAAUGAAGACAUUCCACCCCGUCGCUACUAUCGUUCCGGAGUUGAGAUCAUCCGCAUGGCGUCUGUUUACUCGGAAGAAGGCAACAUUGAACAUGCCUUUAUCCUCUACAACAAGUACAUCACGCUGUUCAUUGAAAAACUUCCGAAACACCGAGACUACAAAUCAGCUAUCAUUCCUGAGAAGAAAGAUGCGGUCAAGAAAUUAAAAAAUGUCGCUUUCCCUAAAGCGGAAGAACUGAAGACAGAACUCCUGAGAAGAUACACCAAAGAGUAUGAGCAGUAUAAAGAGCGAAAGAAAAAGGAAGAAGAGGAACUUGCCCGAAAUAUCGCCAUCCAGCAAGAGUUGGAAAAAGAAAAACAGAGGGUUGCCCAGCAGAAGCAGAAGCAGCUAGAGCAGGAGCAAUUCCAUGCCUUUGAGGAGAUGAUCCAGAAGCAGGAGCUGGAAAAAGAGCGGCUGAAAAUUGUUCAAGAGUUUGGGAAGGUAGACCCUGGCCCGUGCGGGCCUCUGCUCCCUGAUCUGGAAAAGCCUUGUGUAGAUGUGGCCCCCAGCUCACCGUUCCCACCCACGCAGACUUCAGACUGUAACACAGGCAUGAGGCCAGCUAAGCCACCUGUGGUGGACAGGUCCCUGAAACCUGGAGCAUUAAGUGUCAUAGAAAAUGUUCCCACCAUUGAAGGCCUGCGCCACAUCGUGGUGCCCCGCAAUCUGUGCUCGGAAUUUCUACAGCUUGCCAGUGCCAAUACUGCCAAAGGCAUCGAAACCUGCGGAGUCCUCUGUGGAAAACUGAUGAGAAAUGAAUUCACAAUCACACAUGUUCUCAUCCCCAGACAAAAUGGUGGGCCUGAUUACUGCCACACGGAGAAUGAAGAAGAAAUUUUCUUUAUGCAGGAUGAUCUUGGACUCCUCACUCUUGGCUGGAUCCAUACUCAUCCGACCCAAACGGCCUUUCUGUCCAGUGUGGAUCUCCACACUCACUGCUCCUACCAAAUGAUGUUACCAGAGUCCAUCGCAAUCGUCUGCUCCCCAAAGUUCCAGGAAACUGGAUUCUUCAAGCUAACUGACUAUGGUCUUCAAGAGAUUUCAACCUGCCGCCAGAAAGGCUUUCACCCCCAUGGCAGAGACCCACCGCUGUUCUGUGACUGCAGCCAUGUCACUGUCAAGGAUAGAAUUGUGACCAUCACAGACCUUCGAUAAGUCUCAGUCAUGAACCAGGGAGAUGGCUCACUGGGUAGCAGCGCUUGUCACCAAGCCCAACAGCCCAAGUUUAAUUCUUGGGACCCAUCUGGUAGAGGGAGUGUACCGAUGUCCCCCAAGUUGUCCUCUAACCUCCACUUGUGUGCUGUGUGGUAUGUGUGUUCUCACGCGCACGCACACACAUCCGCACACACAUCAAUUAAUUUAAAAACGAAUAAAUGUAAAUUAUAAGAAAGAGUCCUACCCUCCUCUUAAGCUGCACAUCCUGUUCAGUUUGCCGGCCCCCGUGGAGUUGAGUAAGCUUUAAAACAGGAUAGGAAAGGGUCAACACAGGGGCGGGGGGAGACUGUUGUUGUUGUUGUUGUUGUUGUUGUUCCUUAAUUUGAAAUCAUCUUAUUUUUUAAGACCUAUGAAAAUGAGCAAAUCACACCAAGCAACUAACUCAAAAAUUAGGAUGCAAGGGAAAACACUUCUCUGGAUCCAACCACUGGCUUUCUGUCCCUCUUGAAAUUUACCUCCCAACUUGUUCAUCUCUGCCUUUGGACUAAAUAGGGCCAUCCGUGCAAAACUGUAGAAGCCAUUUUGAAGGAUUUGGCUUUUUAUUGUUUGUGGCAUUGCUAAGGGAGCUUAUCAUUCUGGUGGGAUGUGCAUGAGACAUUCACAUCCCCCAUACAUGGAUUUUGUUUAAAGUGUGUUAUUUAAAGGUCGGGGUGUUAUUUUCUUCUGUAAUAAAACAGCUCACUGUGUUGUGCCCCAGAGUGA